GUGUCUUCAUAAUCAGACGUGUGCUUCACAGACAGCGAUUAAAGUAGAAAAUAGAGGAGAUUAUGGCGUAUUUAACCACAAAUCCGGCGGAUAAAGAACGGUUUCUGUGCAUUUAUCCAGCGUACAUCAACAGUAAGAAGACAUUAGCAGAAGGCAGAAGAAUACCUACAGACAAGGCGGUGGAGAACCCGACAUGUGCUGAGAUUCAAGGCGUUCUCUCCGCUGCUGGUCUGAAUGUUCACGUGGAGAAUAGCAUGUAUCCGCGUGAGUGGAACAGAGACGUGCAGUUCAGAGGAAGAGUUCGUGUCCAGCUGAAGAUGGAGGACGGCAGCUUCUGCCAGGACAAGUUUACAUCUAGGAAGGAUGUGAUGUUUUAUGUGGCUGAGAUGAUCCCGAAACUGAAGAGCCGAACGCAGAAGAGCGGUGGAGCUGAAGCUGGAGCGCAGCAGGGAGAAGGAGGAAAGAAAGGGAAGAAGAAGAAGAAGUAGACAUUACACAGCGGAUGAACACUGGAGAGCGGAGUUCAGUUCAUCAUGGAGGAUUUCUGUUGGUUUUCAUUAUGAACACUUGAUUUGAGCACCCGACUGUUUUUCUUUUUGGGAUAUUUUCUUCGCUAAACACUGCAGAAAAACCGUGCUUUGAGUCCUUGUCUUGUUUGUUGUCCAAAUAUCUGAAAUUCUCAAAUCUUUUCUAGACAAGUAAAAAUAUAGUUUUGCUUUCAGAGUCAAAAUUGAGUGUUUUUACUUAAAAUCAGCACAAUAACCUGUUUAUUUCAAACCAAAUGCAGGAUUGUUUAUUUUGAUAAUGCUAGAAGUUGUCUAUGAUAUGCUAGUGAACUCAUUUCAAGACAAAAGCAUGAAUAUUUUGCUUCCAUCACUGCAGAUUAUUGUGCUUGUAGAAUAAAACUCACUUAAUUUUGACAUUAUUUCUGCAGAAAUUAUAUUCAUGACUUGUCUAGAAAGUGUUAGUCUUAUUUCAAACCAAAAUGAUUUGAUUUAUGUUGCUGGCAGAUUGUUAUUCAAUUAAAUAUUCAGACUAAAUGUCAAAAUCGUUUCACUUUUUUACUCGCAUAAUUUAGCCUCAUUUCUGAAAACAAAACUACAUUUUUACUUGUCUGUAAAAUACUGAUGAACUUCAAACUGAAAAACAAAAUUGUUACUCCAUUGUCAGAUUAUUUAGCUUGUUUCAAGUAAAAACUUAAUAAAAUAAAAACUAUUAUUAAAAAAAUAAAAAAAAUAAAACAAUAUUUUUAUGUCAAAAAAUGCUAAUCUUAAAUCAAGCUGUAAUCUACAUUAUUUGAUUCAUGCUGCCGCCAGAUUAUUAUAUAUAUAUAUAUAAUAUAAAUCCAAAAAUGAAAAGUAAAUCAUUUGCUCAACAGCAACAAAACAAAUUGACAUUAUUUCUGAAUUAUUUUACUUUUGCCAGUACCAGAUGGUUUUGCAGAGAUUUCUUUUACAGGGAAAAAAGUUCAGAAAUAAUAAAUAACAAAUUUUACUGGUCUAUAAAAUACUAAUGAACUUCAAACUAAAAAACAAGAUUAUGUCACUCACCUCAUUGUCAGAUAAUUUUGCUUGUUUAAGAAAAACUCUUUAAUUUUGACUCUUUAUUUCUGAAAAAUAAAACUAAUUUUACUUGUUACAAAAAAUCCUAAUCUAAUUUUAAACCAAAAACAAAAAUAUUUGAUUCAUGGUGAUGCCAUUUUUAUAUAUUCAGAAACAGUCAAAAUUAUUUGGCCUGUUUUUAUUUUUUACCUAAUUUAGCUUUAUUAUUUCUGAAAACUAAACAAUAUUUUUACUUUCCAAACCAGAUGAUUUUUCUUGAGUUACAGGGAUUUUUGUUUUUCAGAAAUAAUAAAUAGGAAUGUACUAUUAUUUGUCUAUGAAAUGUUUUCAGUUUGAAGUUGAUUAGCAAGAUAUGCUACCUCCUUGCCAAUAUUUUACUUGUUUUGAGGAAAAGCUCUUAAUUUUGACUCGAUGUUUCAGAAAAUAAAACAGUAUUUUUACUUGUCA